AUGACACCUCCCAUAAACACCAAUUUCACACAGCCGGCCGAGUGCUACAACUCGCGCGACGCGGUGCCCGCCUCCAUGCCCUCCAACAUCCAAUAUUAUAACCAGGUCCCGCUGUACCAGACCAAAAGUCCAAACAGAGAUAUGAAGGCUGUUUUGCAGUCUUGUUGUUCGAACGGGGUGUGGAUUUACGAGGAUCCGGAUCCUUGUACGGCUGUUUGUGAUUCGCGUUCUUCGGCUGAGGCUAAGAAGACGAUGUACUGCUUGAAUGCUCAGUCGGUUGUAUAUGGGACUAAAACGGAGAAGAGUUCUGCGACAGUUAGGCGUCCGAUGGGUUGGGUGUCUUUGAUGGUUGGGGGAUUGGUUUUGUCGGGGAUGUUUAUUUGA